ACCGGGCUCUACUGACAGAAUGGAUCCACUUGGUCUGAGAGAGAGAAGAGGAGGAAAUAAAUAACUAACGUGCGACGCGUGUUGAGAUAAGUUUGGCUUCGUUAAUUGUCCCGUAAUAAAUUAGUUGUGAAGUGCAGUGAACCUGUUUCUUUAAUACUCCGAAGUACCACAAACUGGCGACGAGGUUGGUCUGAAACUGCAGGAUCGUCAACAUGGAGAAAUUUGAUAUCCCGAUGUUCAAGUUUAAGCACUUGCCAUUCAAUGAAGUGCGGAACGAGUGGGCAAGAUAUAAGCGUCAUUUUGAGUUCUUAGCUUUGGCUAACGGGAUCACUAAUAAGACAAAAUUGAAAAAUAUCUUGCUAGCUCGUGCUGGGCCAGAGGUUCAAGAUAUCUUCUGUAGCAUUCCUGGAGCGAAUGUCGAAGAACGAAUUGGUGUUGACCCGUACAAAAUUGCGAUUGAGAAAUUAGAUGAAUAUUUCGCGCCGAAACAACAUGAAACCUAUCAAAGGUACACAUUUUGGACUCUGAAGCCUAAUGACAGCGAAGAAUCAUUGGAUAAAUUCCUCCUUCGUGUAAUGGAAUUGUCUUCCAAAUGCCAAUUCGGCCGCACGGAGAAGGAAAGCCGUGAGAUUAGUGUGGUAGAUAAGAUUGUUCAAUUGGCACCGCCCGAGUUGCGUGAGAAAUUUAUUCAGAAAGAGAAUCUUUCGCUCGACGACGUUAUUCGAAUGGUUAAUUCUCAUUGCUCCGUUAAAUAUCAGGUUGGUCAAAUGGAGCCAUGCUCUUCGAAGCAUUCGACAGGUUUAGCGGAAGUGAACCGUGUUCGAGACUCGAGAAAAAUUGAAUGUUUCAGAUGUGGUGGUCAAGAUGGUCAUCUAGCAAAUGACCCAGACUGUCCAGCGAUAGCCAAGAAAUGCGACAGAUGUGGCCGUAAAGGCCAUUAUGCUUCAAAAUGCAAUACAGUCCAAAAUCGCAAUAGAUGGAACGUCAAUCGUGGGCGUGCUGAGUUGAAAGGAAACCAGCGUAAGCGUUUUAAGAAUGAAUAUGUCAGGAUGAUCGAUAGUACCGGAGACGAAGGUAAAUAUGAUACGAAUCAAAAUACUUGUUUUGUAUUCAGUAUUGGCGAAGGCGAGGAAUUUGUGUGGCUGAUAGUAGGAGGAGUUUUAACUCAAUUCCUUAUUGAUUCGGGAUGCGAAAAAAACAUUCUGGAUGAUAGGACGUGGAGAAACAUGAUUAAACAAGGUGCCAGUUUUGAAAAUUCUCGAUCAUUCUGCAACCAAACAUUUAAGGCAUAUGGCCAAAAUUCGGAAUCGCUUCAAGUAAUGCAGGUGUUUGAAGCAAACUUAGUUCUUAACAAUCACUUGAAAUCUGUUAAUACUCGUGCAACUUUUUACGUCAUUAAAAAUGGAACACAGCCUUUGUUAGGAAGAACAACAGCCAAAGAACUGGGAGUACUGUUUUUAGGCUUACCUAGUUCGCAAUCUGUGGACAUACAGCGCAUGUAUACCGAGCAAAAGCAUUCGUUCCCCAAGAUCAAAGGUAUUAAACUUAAAAUUCCAGUCGAUGAAUCUGUGACGCCGGUAAUUCAGCAUGCUCGACGUCCUCCAUUGGCUUUAUUGAACCGGAUUGAAGAAAAGUUACAAUCCCUCUUAUCAUCAGAUAUAAUCGAAAGCGUAAAUGAAUUCAGUCCUUGGGUCUCACCGUUAGUAACCAUUGUGAAAGACAAUGGAGAUUUGCGUUUAUGCGUCGACAUGCGGAGAGCAAACGUUGCCAUAAAACGUGAGACGCAUCUAAUGCCAACUUUUGAAGAUAUAUUACCACGUUUGAAAACAGCAAAAGUUUUUAGCAGACUCGACAUCAAAGAUGCUUUUCAUCAAGUCGAACUUCACGAGUCAUCUCGCCAAAUCACAACGUUCAUAACCCACAAGGGAACUUUUCGAUACAAACGGCUCAUGUUUGGUAUCUCGUGUGCUCCAGAAAUGUUCCAGAAAAUUCUGGAACAGUUACUUUCAAGGUGCCAACAUGUUGUAAAUUACAUCGAUGACAUCUUGGUCUAUGGAUCGAAUGAAGAAGAGCAUGACCGGGAACUUAAAAUCGUCAUGGAUAUUUUCAAGAACCAUGAUAUUCUUCUAAACCAGAAGAAAUGUAUUUUCAAAGUAUGAAAUUUACAAUUACAUAUAGUAUGGAAAAUUAUUUUGUUAAUAAUCUCAUUUUAUU